UGACUUCAGGAAAUCUUGCCCCCCUUCCUCAGCUCGAAUUCGUGCGCGUGCCCCUCCAAGGGCCUUCGGGGUAAAAUGGAGACCAUAUCUCGGAUUUCCUCGAUGCUGGAAACAGCUCGAGAACUCACCCUCGAAGCGGCGCAGUCGGCAGCCAACAGUCGAGGGCCGGGUAUAGGACAGUCGUCCCGAAAUCUAAGUGCAUCUCACAUCAAGAAACUCCUCGAUAGUCGCAGUGACAGGGAGGUUUUGGAUGGUAUGCGGAGGGUCAUCACGUUGAUGUACCGCUCCGAGCCUUCCGUUCCCUUCUUUUCCGCCGUCGUUAAAAACGUGGCAAAUGCAAGCUUUGAGGUCAAGAAGCUGGUCUACAUCUAUCUGGUUCACCAUGCCGAGACGGAGCCCGACCUUGCGCUGUUGUCCAUCAACACAAUUCAGAAGUCGCUCACGGACCAAAACCCUCAGGUUCGCGCAAUGGCACUUCGUACAAUGUCUGGAAUCCGCGUGCCUGUCAUCAGCCAAAUCGUUUCCCUUGCGAUCAAAAGAGGUUGUGGUGACAUGAGUCCGCAUGUGCGCAAAGCGGCGGCCUUGGCUAUUCCCAAAUGCUACCGUCUGGACCCAAGCACCCUGCCGCAGCUGAUUGGUUAUGUCUCUACUCUACUGGGUGACAGCCAAUACUUCGUGGCUGGCCCUGCUGUCGCUGCGUUCCUGGAAGUGUGCCCAGAUAGAAUCGACCUCGUUCACCCGCACUACCGCAGCCUGGUCAAAAAACUAGUGGACAUGGACGAAUGGAGCCAAAUAGCGACUUUGCGUCUUCUGACAUUCUAUGCCCGCAGGUGUUUUCCUCAGAAGACCCAGAAGGGCAAAAAGGCAGUGUCAAAAGGGUUCUAUGAUGAUGAGAACACCACCGAAGGCGAAGAAUAUGAGAUUCCGUACAUAGACCCGGACCUGGAGCUUUUAUUCCGAGCAUGCAAGUUACUCUUGCACAAUCGCAACUCUGCGGUUGUCGUGAGUGUCGUGAGUUGCUUCCUCUAUCUCGCUCCCCUGGAUUACCUCUCCGCCACUGUUGGGCCACUGGUUGCCCUGCUUCGAAGCCCUCAGGAUAUCCAGCAUAUCGCAUUGUACAACAUUGUCGCCGUUGCUUUGCGCCAGCCGAAACCUUUCACAAGAUAUAUUGCGCACUUUUUGGUUCGCGCCACUGAUCCACUCCACAUCUGGCGCCUGAAACUAGAGAUACUCACAAUUCUCUUCCCACACUGCGGAUUACACCUCAAGGGAGUCAUAGUUAGCGAGCUGCAGCACUUUUCCCAGGGCCCGGACCCGGCCCUUGUGCGUGAGAGCCUUCGCGCUAUUGGGCGCUGUGCCCAAAGCGACCCUAGCACGGCGGAGCAUUGUUUGAAAAUCCUCCUUACUCAGAUUACGAGCCUCGAUGACAAUCUGGUAUCUGAAUCGUUGACCGUGAUUAGACAUCUAAUCCAGCAAGACCCAGCUUCACACGAGCAAACCGUCAUUCAGCUGGUCAAGCAUCUCGGCCUGACUAACAACCCGGACGCAAGAGCGACAAUUGUGUGGCUGGUGGGAGAAUUCGCCGGGGCUGAACCGGAGAAAAACAUUGCACCGGAUGUGCUACGAAUUUUGGUGAAAGACUUUGCCAACGAAGAGGAAGCCGUGAAGCAGCAGCUCGUUCUCUUAGGUGCCAAAGUGUAUCUGCACCACCUUCUACGCAACCCUCCCAAAGAGGAACCUCAGCCAGAACCCAAGGCUCAGCCACAGCCUCAACCGGAGUAUCCCAACGAAUGGAAUGAUAAGCCAGACGAAGGGGAGGGUGAACAGAACCAAGAGAUUCAAGGAUUUGAAGGAAGCAGCCCCGAGCAACAGCCCGAGCCGGAAGAUCAAAUCACUCUCCUUUGGCGAUACAUUCUUCUGCUUGCCAGAUACGACACUUCCUACGACCUGCGGGACCGGGCGCGGCUAUACAAAGCACUCCUCGGCUCGCCAUCCUCGACCCAACUAGCUAAUCUGCUCCUUCUUGCUCCGAAGCCGGUCCCUCACGUCCCGAGUCCCUCUGAAACCCGCAAAGAUCUACUGAUCGGCUCCUCUACACUGGUCAUCGGGCCGGAUGCCGGCAUCCAUGGUCUGAAGGGCUAUGAGAACAUCCCAGAUUGGGUACAGGCGGGACAAGAACCUGACGCCAGCCUCCGCGCGGUGGACGUGAGACCGGAUACGGCGGAACGAGCGUCUAUGACUGCAGGCGAACGCCUCGAUAAGGCCCUCAAAGAGCAUCAAAGCAAUGCUGCAAAGUCAAGCAGGGGGCCGAACGGCCGCGUACAGGCUGGCGCAUCAGCACCCUCUAAGAACAAGACUCUUGAUCAGUGGUUAGAGGAUGAAGAAAGCGAAACAGAAACUGAGGAAGAAACCGAAGAGGAAACAGAUUCGGAGGAAGAGGUUACGGACUCUGAAGAAGAGACCGAGGAAGAAACGGACGAAGAGGAGACCGACUCGGACGAUGGGGAGGAGGGCCGACAACUCCUGACCCAGCGAGGUGAUACCCGGAUUCAGGGCUCCUCGAGGGACGUUGCUUAAAGUCCACACGCGUAUAAUCGAUAUUAGAGCACAAAAGCCCGAUAGAAAUUGAUCUGUCUUG